AUGAAAGCAUUUUGGGAAUUCAAAAGUCAUCUUUUGCUAAUGCUUUUGAUAUGCUUUAGUAACUUGAGUUUUUGCUGGUCUCUGAAUGAUGAAGGUGUGGCUUUGCUGAGAUUUAAAGAGGGAGUGGAGAGUGAUCCAUAUGGGGCUUUAUCAGAUUGGAAUGAAGAAGUGGGAGUGGAAAAUCCAUGUUCUUGGUUUGGAGUUGGGUGCUCGGAUGGACAUGUGGUGGUUCUGAACCUGAAAGAUCUAUGUCUGAGAGGCACUCUGGUUCCAGAUCUCUGGAAUCUGGUUCAUGUGAAAUCUAUAAGUUUACGCAACAAUUCUUUCUCUGGUGUCAUUCCGGACGAGAUUGCUGAGUUGAGCGAAUUAGAAGUAUUGGACCUUGGAUAUAAUAAUUUCAGUGGACAGCUUCCAUGUAAUCUUAUCAAUAAUUUCUCAAUAGCAAUUCUUUUACUUGACAAUAAUGAGCUUCUUGGCAACCCACUUCCUGAAAUUUAUGAGCUUCAAAAGCUAUCUGAAGUUCAAGUGAAUGAACGUCUGCUAUCCAGUGGCAGAGAAACGCUAUCUUGCAAUGACAGAUUAAUCUCAGGGAAUUUAGGACAAAUGGGAGAUGUAGCUCAAAGGAAAUUGUUACAAGAUCUUAAAAUGCCAUUUCCAGCCUUAUCUCUCCCGCUGCCGCCGCCGCCACCACCACCAUCACCCGAAUCUGGAAUUUCUCCUACACCAUCCCCAUCCCCAUCCCCUUCACCUUCCCCUUCUCCUCUCCCUCCUGCUUCUUCUCCUGAAAAUAUUUCUCCACCCCUUCCUUCUCCUGGAAGUAUUUCUCCAUCUUCACUUCCUAACCCAGCAGAAAGUCCUUCCACGCCAACUAAAAAAUCCAGGCGUAAUCAUCAUAGGAUUCUGAUAUUAUCUGGAGCCAUUGGAGGAUCUUUGUUAUUUUUGUUUUUGAUUGCAGGCAUUUUGUUUUGUCAAUGUAGUAAGGUUGCUACUGUCAAGCCUUGGGCUACGGGAUUAAGUGGGAAGUUGCAGAGAGCAUUUGUAACAGGGGUCCCAAAGCUUAAGAGAUCAGAACUUGAGACUGCUUGUGAAGAUUUUAGCAAUGUGAUUGGCUCUUCAUCAUUCUGCACACUAUACAAGGGUACACUGUCCAGUGGAGUUGAAAUAGCUGUUGCAUCUCCGGCUAUCGCCUCUGCAAAGGACUGGUCAAAUAUUCUAGAAGCCCAGUUUAGGACUAAGAUUGAUACGCUAUCAAAAGUGAAUCACAAGAAUUUUGUCAACUUAAUUGGAUAUUGCGAGGAAGAGAAGCCUUUCACUAGAAUGAUGGUUUUUGAGUAUGCUCCCAAUGGAACGCUCUUUGAGCAUCUACACAUAAAAGAAUCUGAACACUUGGACUGGGCAAUGCGGUUGAGAAUAGCAAUGGGGAUGGCAUACUGUUUGGAGUACAUGCACCAGUUGACACCGGUAGUACCCCACAGAAACUUUACUUCUUCAGCCGUAUAUCUCACUGAAGAUUACGCAGCCAAAAUAUCGGACUUUUGUUUCUCGGGUGAUGGUUCUUCAGCUGAGAUUGAACCAAAUCUGCAGAGUAAUGUCUACAGCUUUGGUGUUGUACUAUUUGAGAUGAUAACUGGUAAACUGCCUUAUGUAGUUGGUAAUGAUUCACUUGAAGACUGGGCAUCGGAUUAUCUUAGAGGAAUUCCAUUCCUUAGAGAAAUGGUGGAUCCGACUUUGACAUCAUUUCAAGAAGAUCAAGUCGAACAAAUUGGUAGUUUGAUAAAAUCAUGUGUUAAUCCUGAGCCGAGACAGAGACCAUCAAUGAGAGAGAUUGCUGCACGGUUGAGAGAGAUGACAUCAAUAGCCCCUGAUGGAGCGAUACCGAAAUUAUCCCCUCUUUGGUGGGCAGAGCUUGAGGUUCUGUCUACUGAUGUAAAUUAA